AUGCUCCUACGACAUCAUACAAUCCAGGGUCUAAUGGCAGUCGAUUGGAUCGAUUAUCCCGCAGCCGAUCAAUCCACUCGUCCCAAUUUGCAUUUACCCGCCAUCCUGGUGGCCACUGUCUCACCCAGAGCCAUGCUAAUCGGUGAAUUGCAUCCGUGGGGUUCGUUGCAAGAUCUAAUGGCCACACAUCGAUGGUAUUCCCGUGCAACAAACGGAAAACAAACUGAAAGUGGAGAGUUUCCCGUCAUCCCAGAUGCAGUCUCUCGUGUGUUCACCCUUCAGCGAAUCUCGGGCGAUCGUAUCCUUCCUGCGGCACUUACAACCACGGAUGAGUUAAUGCUGAGAAUUUUGCUUCGUAUGGCCCUGAGUAUUACGCAAGGCGUGUGUUUCUUGCAUUCUGGUAAGUGUGCUUUUUUGUCUCUUUUUACAAUCAGCUCAUCGUCCACCACAUCUACCACCGAACUAGGAAAAUUUGAUCAAUCCUAA